CUCCGGCCAAUCCCCAUCCAGUGCGAUCAAUUAACCAAUCAAAACAUGCCGCGUCACUGAAGUAUUCAACAGGAAACGACGUCGUUAGCCCACCUGCAUAGGGCCAGCUAGAGUUGAACACAAACCUUCACCCAGAAAGGGUUUCAGAGUGAGACGACACUCCAUGGAUUCACAAAGCCAAAACACUUCCCUGCAACGACUCCAAAAUGUUGAAAAGACAAUUGUUAGGGUUUUGGAACUGGCUGGAGGAGUGACCGACGAACUUUCAAACCCUAGCGGUCCCAGGAAGGAUUUGGUCAACAAACACUGCGCCGAGUUCAUGCAAUCAAUCAAGGACAUCCAAGUGACACUGCGUGAAGAAAUCAAAAGUGCAUGUGAAUACCGGCCUUUUGAGAAGUGUGAUUACAUUGCAAGAAUCUCGAAUGAGAUCUGUUGUGAGAAACUGGAAUAUGUUAUUUCAGAGUUGGAUGGGAUGAAGAAAACCAUUGAUGAACAUCACAGUGCUUCUUGAAGCCACAUUUCAUUGCAACCAUGAGUCGACUUGCUCAAGAUUGUUGCCUCCCCUAGCUGAUUACAGAUGUUGAAUCUUCUCUUCUCUUUUUGGACAUGAUAUGGGGUUUUCUUGUCUACAAAAUUUGAUCAUUCCAUAAUUUUCAAUACUCUCACCAUGUCCGUUUUUGCAGAUUUGGUUAAGGAACAAGGGAAAAACUGGAAUGUGGUUCAUUGUCUCCAAAAUCUUGAAAUUUGCCUGUGAAUUCCAUUGUUGCUUUUUCUGUGGUAGAUAUGAGGAUGAACAUUAGGUCGCUCAUGAUGUUCAUAGUUUGAAACCAGACUUACCAGUUAUAGGAUGGAUCUGGUAUUCUAAGCAAUUCUUUGCCUAUCAAAGAAACCAAAUGCUUUAUAGUCCUGCACUUCUACUAAACAUUUCAGCGAAUGGAGAUGAUAUAUUGUCGAAUUUUACAGAUGCUUGCUUUUGUAGCU